UUGCCGGGAAAACAACACAGCCAAGAGGCCGGAAAAACAUUCAAUUUUGUAGCAUUGCGAUCCGGCAAAGAAAAUAACAACAAUACGACAUUGACAUUCAGGCGGGCGCUAAUUGAUCGACGAACUCCCCCUUAACGAACGCCCCGGGUCAAGUGCUCUCAAUUGGAAGUGUCAGGUGGCAGCAUGGGGCAGCUUGGUGUGCCCCUGCUUGGGCUCUUGUUUCUUGGUGCUCUGGGGCCGGUUCUGGCUGGAUCUGAAAUCGCCUGCGGAUCGAUUGAGAUCAAUGAGAUUGCAGACUUCCGAAAACUUCUGAAUUGUACCCACGUGGUGGGUCAUGUGCGGAUCGCCUACUUGGAAGUGCCAUCGGGAAACUUUAGCCAGAAGAUAAUGUCGAGCAACAUUACUGAGAUCAGUGACUACUUGAUGGUGCAUCGGUGCAGUGGGUUGAACAGCCUGAAGGAGAUCUUUCCCCGCCUCAGGAUCAUUCGGGGUCAGGGCCUGCUCUUCGAUCAGUACGCCUUGGUGGUCUAUGAGAAUAGGAACCUCAGGGAGCUGGGUCUAGUGGAACUGUUGCGUAUCCAAAGGGGACUCAUUCGCAUCGAAUCCAAUCCAAUGCUUUGCUUUGUGGAGACCAUUGACUGGAUGUACCUGAUGGGCAAUGGGACACAGCAGCACUACAACUUAAAGUACAACAAGCCGCCAAGUCAGUGUCCUUUGUGUGGUGGCUUAGCCGCUGACUAUGAUUUCCGUCAAAACCAAUCCCUGCAACAUUGCUGGAACUUGAACUCCACCCAACUACGUCCGGGUCCGCAGCGCGUGAAGGAUUGCCCCGAGGCCUGUGCUGGCCUGGGAUGUGACUUUGCCGGAAAAUGCUGCGAUCACAACUGUGUCACCGGAUGCUCCUCCCAAAACUGCUCCCUGUGUGCCAAUUUUCAGGGAAAAUGGGGUUGCGUGAAUCAAUGCCUGGCCAGCUACGAAUUAAACAGGAGGAAGUGCAUCAGCAAUAGGGAAUGCCGUGAUCUGGGUAGAAUUCCUCAGGUCCGUGGUUCUUUAUGUGUAGAAAAAUGUCCCGGUAACCAGAAGAAAGUCGUGGAUGCCAAGGGUUUGGUCCAUUGCCAAGUGAAGUGUAAGGGCGAUUUUCAUGUAAAGACUGCAGCGGACUUGGAACUCCUGCAGGACUGUGUGACAAUUAAUGGAUCCUUGAUUAUAGAAUUGACUUAUAUUAAGGAGAAAAUUGUCGAAGCCUUGGAAAAUACAUUGGUCGCUGUUAAACAGAUCACUGGCUACCUGAAGGUAAUGAAUUCUGCUCAACUGUUGACGCUUAGCUUUCUGCAGAAUUUGGAUUUAAUUCGAGGAGAUACAUUAGUGGAAAAUAAAUACGCUCUGUUCGUUCUGAAUAACUAUCACCUGGAGCACAUUUGGCCGCCCAAUCACCAGGUGAUCAUUCAGCGUGGUAAGCUCUACUUCCACCUGAAUCCACGGCUCUGCUAUGAGAAAAUCCAACAGUUGCAGAGCUCAAUGAAGAGCGCCGAGAAUAUAUCGGUGGCUGAUGUGUCUCCAAACUCAAACGGGGAGCGGAUGAUUUGUGUGAACGCAGUGCGGACCCUAAAUCCAAAGGUGGACGAUUUGAAUUCCACUGCGGUGCGCAUUAUCCUGGACUACAUUGACGGGGAUGCCUUGCAGACCCUCAUAGGUUACUCCUACUACUACAAGGAGGCCCCUCUGCAGAAUGUGACCAUGUAUGAUGGUCGACACGGUUGUGGUCAUGACAACUGGCUGAUGCAGGUUGUGCCCUCUAGGAGCCGGCGCCAUGUUAUAGGGGGAUUAAAACCAUAUACCCAAUACGCAUAUUUCGUAAAGACCCUAACGCGAACCGAUUACCAUCUGAAGGUGGAUGCAUACUCGACAAUAGCUUAUUUCCAAACCCUGCCAGAUAGACCCAGUCCCGUGUUUCGGAUUCAUGGCAACUCGGAAAUCAGCUCCCAGAUAGUACUUCACUGGUGGCCACCACGUCGCCCGAACGGAGCAAUCAAAAAAUAUUGGGUGACCUUUGAGAAGCACAACACCACCAAGGGGGAAAAGACUCACAACUAUUUGAGUUCAAUGCCCUUGGUCUCAAAAGGUGCGGAGUGUGAGUGCAUGGAUGUGGUGCCCUACAAUUCGGGCCCUCAACCAGAUGACGAGGAGUACUACAACAAGGAUGCUCUGACCUACGAAGAGGCACUGCCCAACCUUAUUUACGUUUCGCGCAAUCAAAAAACACCACAAAAAGAGUUCGAUACAGUUAAAGAUUAUGCCGAUCUAUUGUCCAUUGAAAAGGACAUAGGACCUUCAACUCCACCGACUACCACUGCGGCUCCCACCGAAGCGGAAUUAUUAUAUGAAAAGCUUCAUGCCAUGAACUACGAUCGGAUUCGUAAGAAAAUCGAGAAGAAACAGAUGGAUCUUCAGGAUACAGACAUUGAAUCCUAUAACAUCCGUCAUGCCAUGCCAAAGUGCCAGAGUUCCCAUGCCUCCGUGGGAGAGCAAGUGGAGGAGAAGUGUGUCCUCGAGGAGGUGCCGGAAGGCAUCGAUCUGCCCGGUAACCAGCACUUUUACACUCUGGCCCAGCUGGAGCCGGAGACUACCUACCGGGUCACCGUCCGAGCUUGUGUCGAUGGUGUGAUCAAUGGUUGCUCCACUCCGGCAGAGGCCUUGGUCAAGACCACAAGUCUGCGGAUGGAGCGAUUCAUGAGGGGUGUUUAAAAGUGAUAAAAAUCGGUAUCCAUUAUGACUGAGGCAAAGUGUAGAACCUGGCACUAGAAAUCAGUUGCUUAUCCUUUAAUCUAUGAAUUUUUUAACCUUCUGACGAGUAGCAAAUCUUACAAAAUUUUGACAUGUUUUUAAGUAUUUUAUGUUUUAUUGAUUUGAGAUUUUACAAACUGUUUUAGGUAUUUUGUAUUUGUAUUUUGAAUGAAUUUUAAACAUGGCCGACAAUUUUAUAUUUAUAUUUAACAUAUAUCAUUAGAGUUUCUAUUGUUGAUCCUUCAACACAAAUAAGGUUUCUUUUAGGAAUACAUGAAUCUUAUUUAUUUCGUUCUUAUUUCAUACUUAGCUAGCGGAAACUGUCAUAAUAUAUGCUGAUGAUUAUGUUUUCAUUGUAUAAUUAUUACAAAAAUUCCUUCAUAUAUUUCAUAAGUCACAGCUUUAAUAUCUCAGAAGUUCCCAAAAGAUUUCUGUUGAUUUUUUGUGUGCCUUUCGAAACGUUAACUAUUUUUUUUAGUGUCAUGUUCUCACUUUAUCGCCGUGUCAUUUGGGGGUAAAAACAGUGUAUUGUAAGUAUCCCCCGACUAUAGUUGUGUUCAUGUUCCUCGCAAUGUAUUGUAAAUGUGUAAAUGCCAAACAAAUC